UAUCCAUCACUGUGUCGGGUCCUCUCACGGUCCUGUGUGCUGUGGGUGCUCUUAGCUAGGGCUGGGGCAGGGAAAUGGUCUAAAUCACUGAAGCCUACCAGGUUUGUAUAUCGAUGCAAAUAUGCCCUUGCUGAGGGACCCUCCAGGUCUUUUUCACUGGGGCCUUACACAUUCUCGGGGGCUUUGUUCUCCUGCUUUGUAAAUGGGGAAACUGAGGUACCAAGAAGUUAAGAAACCUACCCCAGGUCAUGCAGGGAGUCCAUAUCGGAGGCGUGAGUGGAACUCAGGGGCUGCCUGGCUGCAGAGGUGAGGCUGUGUCUGAUGCCCUAGGCUGCCCCCCUGAGAACCACUGGGGCUUUGCACAAGACUGUUCCCCGGAGGUCUUGGACUCACCCACCACACUUUGAAAAGGUUAUGUUGGGGUCAUCAGCCCACCCAGCCACUCACUUCUAGGGCUGUGAGCCAGCCCCAUCAGAAGAAUGGGCAUCACCCCUCUGCUUCUUGGCACGAGGGAGGGUUUGGUGGGUGGAAGGCUGCUUUGGGACAGUAACAAGUAGUCAGUCAAUGAGCAGACACUGAGCCUCCCAUGUGUUGGGCCCUCUCUGUCCCUGUGAGAGGCAAGGGAAUGAGAGGAUGUGGCUCUUGUCCUCGUGGAGCUUACGAUCUAUUUGGGGAGGUGAAGCAUUCAGUAAACAACUUCAAACCAUGCAAGAUGGUGCUGCUAACCGUGGGGGAAAAGGAGAGUUAAAGACGGACAGCAACCAAAAAUGCUUACAUCUCAGUUUAAAGAUGCCUAAGGUUUUCGUAUAUGUGUUAUUAAAAUUGUUGUGGGAGCAUUAUUGCCUUUUAGGAAGAAGUUUCCAGUAUGAGCAAUGGUUUGGGUUGCCAUGCAGCGUGUGGGCUGGGCGGGGCUCUGAGUGCAGUUGUUGCCAUGGGAACCAGCUCUGCCGCCUCCACUGCCAAGUGGCUGCUGUUCCAAAAGUUGGUUUCUGCGUGGAGGGGGCAGUCUGGAACCUCAGAGCCAUUUCCCAUGGAAACAGUGCUCCAAAUGAUGGGUGACGUUCCCACACAGGCUUACUUCAUCUGGCUGUGAUGGCGCUGAGAUGGCAGCGGAGCUUCUCGUGGGGGAGGAGGAGACUGGGGAUCUGAGCCUCAGACAGCAGAACCGGGAGUGAGUGUGUGUGAGCACGCUCUGUCUUCUGGAACACAGUAAACAAGGCGAGAGAAUGAACGUUUGGGCGCAUUCUCUGAGCUGGCUAUAUCUCAUACAUUUUUAUUUCACGCUUGUAGCAGUACUGCAAAGUACGAUCCUCUAACCAGCUCCAUUUUACAAGAUCCUGAGGCCGUGAGAGGUCUGAUCUACGAGAAACAUGGCAACCAGCGCCGUCCCCAGUGACAACCUCCCCACAUACAAGCUGGUGGUGGUGGGGGAUGGGGGUGUGGGCAAGAGUGCCCUCACCAUCCAGUUUUUCCAGAAGAUCUUUGUGCCUGACUACGACCCCACCAUUGAGGACUCCUACCUGAAACAUACAGAGAUUGACAAUCAGUGGGCUAUCCUGGACGUUCUGGACACAGCCGGGCAGGAGGAGUUCAGCGCCAUGCGGGAGCAGUACAUGCGCACAGGGGACGGCUUCCUCAUCGUCUACUCUGUCACCGACAAGGCCAGCUUCGAGCACGUGGACCGCUUCCACCAGCUCAUCCUGCGUGUCAAGGACAGGGAGUCAUUCCCGAUGAUCCUUGUGGCCAACAAGGUCGAUCUGAUGCACUUGAGGAAAAUCACCAGGGAGCAAGGAAAAGAAAUGGCAACAAAAUACAAUAUCCCGUACAUAGAAACCAGUGCCAAGGACCCACCUCUCAACGUGGACAAGGCCUUCCAUGACCUCGUCAGAGUCAUUAGGCAACAGAUUCCAGAAAAAAGCCAGAAGAAGAAAAAGAAAACCAAAUGGCGGGGAGACCGGGCCACUGGCACCCACAAACUGCAGUGCGCGAUCUUGUGACGAGCCCGGGGCACAGUAACAGUGGCCUGCAGCCCUCGGGACCCUUCGCUGCCUAACUGCACUGAACCAUUUCUAACCACCACCCUUGGCACAGGAAGGGAGAAGGGGAGGGUGGGCAGGGAACAGAGAGGGACUGGCUUUGCCCAGAGGCCUCAGGCUUUCCCGUCCCUCACAAGGGACAAGGAAGCCACCCGUAAGCAGAAGCAGCAUUUCCAAGUCCCCCAUGUAUCGGUUCCAUCUGGUUCCUCCCUGUCUUGGUGGGUGUGUUGUUUCUUUUAACUACGUAGCGAUGAUUUAAUGUGGAAGCAUUUAUCCACAUACAAAGUACAAAAUAAGCCAUGAACAAGCCUCCUUCCCUUGCCCCCAAGUCCACAGUAUCUGAGCUUGGGUGUAUUUGUAGAUUUUUAAAUUAUUUUAGUGAUUGUUAUUUUAUUAAAAGGGUCCUGACCCACUGCCUGGUGAAGCUUCAGGUUUCCAGCAGACCUCUCUGGUCAUAUGUCUGGAAUAUUAUUGUUUUUUUUUUUUUUUUCAACUGAGUUUUCCCAGCAGUGCCAAAACUCAGCUCCGUGUGAAAGUAGAGUGACAGAGAUGACAGAAGUUAACGGGGACGGUGGCUGGAGGGAAACAGACCCUACUUGUGGCCUAGAAACUGGAGAGGAGAGAGAUGUGCUUACCUGGAUGUUUUGCUAUGAUUGAGGAUGCAGACAUUAGAAAACAGGAUUUUAUUUUGCUGAAGGGAGUGACUGGCACAAGCAUGUCAGUUCUAAAAGGGGUUUUCACUAUUCUGGAAAUGUAUAAAGUGGGCUGAUUGGCUGUGCAAAAGUGUUGAUUUUUCAGACAGUGUAGGUUAAGUUCUGAGUUCUUCCCAGAUGUCUGAGAGGGUUUCUCCAAUCUGUCUCUUACUGAUUUCUCAUAUCACCUGUGCUACUUGGUGCCUCUCUGAUACAAACACAUUGACACAUCAAGGUAAGCUCAUGUGGACACCAUCCAGAAAACUCUAGUUCAUGCCGAAUCUUAACCAAACACGAUUCAGUACUGUUAUCACUAAAACAGCACCAACACCUGAAGCCAUUUCCCCUUUGAGUCAACAGUCCACCACCCAUAUAAGCCCAGUAAAUGAGCAAAAACCUUCCAGUAUUUGCAAACUUAGUAUUAGGUUGCCUUUUUUAUUAACCUGUUGGAUCUUGACUAUCACACACUCAGAGGAGAAAGGAAGGUGGGCUGAUAGCGUGGCUCCCAGACACCUUCUGCAAGGGGACGGUCCCCCAACCCCCUGGGAGGCCCACUGCCCUCUCUGGUGCUGCUGCUGCUGUGAGCCAAAGCCUGUUUUUUUCCAGUGAGGGUCGGGGUGGAAGGGCAGCAGGAACAACACUGGACCCCUGAGAGAAAGUCAAAAGAUGAGGUGACACAGCUAGUGACCUUAUUUUCCAGAUGUUACAAAUCAGGUCACUGUGCAGACAGGAACAUCCCCAGCAAGUGGCCUGGCCACUCUGGAGAAAGAAUCCCGAGGAAAGCAGUCACCCAGAUGGAUGUCAGGACACUUGGAUUCUUCUCCGGUUCUGAGAUGUGCCGAAUCCCUAACUCAGCGAGGUCACCAGCGCCGAGGGGCCCAGCCGAGGAGUGGUUCUGCCACAGAAGGAAACAGUUGAGACUCGUUAGUUGGAAAUCAAACUUCUUAUUUGUCUAAAUGUCUCCUUUUUUAAUUCCUAAAAGGAAGGAUAAGAGAGAACAUUCCAGAUGAGGCGCUUCAGAGUUUUCCAAGAUCCUGUAACAUAGGUAUUUUAAACACUAAAAGGACAAGGCUCUAACCAACCCUCAUGCUCCCCUAAGCUGCGACUGUGGCAGGCACGAGUGCAGUUCUGCAGCAGCUGCAAACUGGAGGUGCGGAGGAGGGAAAGCAGGUGGGCAGCAGUGAGGAUGGAGAGGCUUCGAAUCGAGAGCCUGGUGGAGGGGGACAGAAAGCCCUGCACAGGGUGGCGUCCACUGCUGGAAAACUUGCGGCAGCACCAGCCCCCACCAGCCCACGCCCUGCUCACUGUGGAGCUGCGUCUCCCUGCCAGCACUGAGGGGGGUCUUACUGGAAGCAGAUCGGG